CUGAGGUGUGGAGGGAGGCAGUCCGCACUUUCCAGCUGGGCCCUUGGCAAGGAGUGCCUCGCCACUCUCUGCCUCCGAGGACACAGCCAGCGGCUCCUGCCAUGGACAGGUGGUACCUGGGUGGCAGCCCCAAGGGGGAUGUGGACCCGUUCUACUACGACUAUGAGACUGUCCGCAACGGGGGCCUCAUCUUUGCUGCCCUGGCCUUCGUCGUGGGGCUCAUUAUCAUCCUCAGCAAAAGACUCCGCUGUGGGGGCAGAAAGAAGCACCGGCAAGUCAAUGAUGAUGAUCUGUAAGGACCGAGUCAGCCAUGCCCCUGUUGCAGGGGGGUGUUGGGAAGCCUUCCCUGAGCUGUAGACCUUUGUCCCCAGCACUGCCAGGCCCUCAGGCUGAAGGAAGCACCAGGCUCCAUGUGACUCCCGGGUUUGCAUGGCCUUCUCCUAUUCCCAGGCCGCCUCAUGUUAAUAAUAAAGCCAGCCUCAGAGACAGCUCCUGCCCU